CGUGGCGCAAUGCAUCGCCAGCUGCGACUGUUGCACCGCAUUGUGCUUGCGUUGGCAGCAACGUGCGCUCUAUCGGCGGCCAUCCAUACGCAGUCACGACCGGCGCUCGCUGCGGCGGUUUCAAGUGACCAUCAGCGCGACCUGUUCCUCGUCCCGCCGGUUGAACUCGCUGCCGCUCCGUACGCCGACUGGGCUCACUCGCAUUGGGUUUGGCUCGCAAGCGGCCCGGCUGGCCAGAAUGCAUCGCUUGAAUUGGUUCAAGAAUACCUGGACCGCCAGAUUCGCGUUGGUGGCUAUGACAUUGACUCUGGAUGGGCAACGAGCUACACGACGUUCGAGUGGGAUACCAAAAAGUACCCAGAUCCUCAGGCUUUGAUCGAUAGCAUGCACGCGCAGGGCGUUCGGGUCAUUCUGUGGGCCACAUCCACGAUCGCCGUCACUUCACCGCUGUACAACUACACGUCAGAACACGGCUAUCUUCUCAAGCACCUGUUGACGGGAAAGGACGCCAUCAUUCACUACUGGCACGGCGAUGCGGCGUAUAUCGACUAUACCAAUCCGGAUGCAGUCGCGUUCUAUCAUUCACUGAUGGACAAUCAACUCAAGCAGGGUUACGACGGCUGGAAGAACGAUGGAACGGAUCCCUUCUUGCUUGAGGUGGAGCUGGAAGGUGGCAUUCUUGCGCACAAGGGCGUUAUUACCGAGCGCGAGUACGCAAAUUUGUACUACACGGACUUUUUCGAAUACUCUCGCCAAGUCAACGGCAAUGUGACGCUGUGCAUGAACCGCCCGUAUGACUCGUACGAGAAUUACGUGUACUGGAGAUUUGCCCCGCGUGACGUUGUCUUUUCUGGCUGGGUGGGCGACGAGGACCCGACUUUUGAAGGGCUGCAAGAUGCUCUCAAGAACAUGAUCUACUCUGCUGCCAACAACUACGUGUCGUUCGGCUCGGACAUUGGUGGCUACCGGCUUGGGGACAAUGCCCGUACCAUUCAAGUGCUCCUACGCUGGGCUCAGCUUGGCGCUUUUGUUGGUCUGAUGGAGAACGGUGGCGAUGGCGAGCACCGCCCUUGGGGAUUCAAUCCGACGGAUAACUCGACAACAGACAUCUACCGGACGUUUGUGGACGCCCACUAUGAGAUUGCACCCUACCUGCUCUCGCUUGGCGCGCAGGCAUACGCAUCGGGCUCAUCCAUCAUGCGCCCUUACACGGAUCAGCUCAUUGACAUUGUCAACUUUGACUACUCGCUUGGGAGCGACCUCUUCGUGUCACCCAUUGUCGACAACACGACCAGCCAUACUGUAAACUUCCCGCGGAAUGCAGUCAAUGCUUCCGACAAUGCAAUCGACUCGUGGGUCUACUGGUUUGACCCGACGGCCGUCCAUCAAGGCGGCACGACUGGCCGCGACCUGCCGUUCCCUUUGAGUCAGUACCCCGUGUACAAGCGUGUGGGCGCCGUCAUUCCCAUUCAUCUGUAUGAAAGCGCGCUGGCCCCGUCGCGUGUGGCCUGGAGCAACACUGAAUUGCCGAUUUUGGCUGUCGAGGCUGUCUGGCCCCAAGGCUUGGCUGUCAACACUCCGGCGGCCGCAGUUGCUCUGGUACAUCCGCACGCGGCUUCUGUGAUUGAUCGCGGUGUCCAGAUUGCCCUCGAGCGUCCGACGUACCAUUCGCUCCAGCUGCAGGUUUCUGCCUCACCCCGCCCGUUCAUUGCGCGCAUUACAGGCGUCGAUUCCUCAUCCGUCCCUCGUGUUGUACUGACGAGCUCUGGUCUUGUUGCCCGGCAAGUGAAGACGCUCGAGGAUUUGCUUCCAGGAACCUUCCAUCUCUGCCCGGCGCGCGGUGUCUUGCACGUUCGGCUGGCGAGCAUUGAACGCGGCGAAAUCAUUUCCGUCGACAACCUGACCCUCCGGCCGCUGUGAAUACUGUUUGUUGGUGCUUUGCCAGAGACUGCUGGUCAAUGUUUUUGGAAUUUAUAAAUAGCAACAGUGCGUCAACAUCAA